AGCCCUGCUCUCUGGCUCAUUCUGGAUAUUCUGUUCUGAUUCCCCCAGAUAGGUGGGUGGAGAGAUUAGAGCCAGGGGUUGGGUGUCUGGGUCUGGAGUUCAGAUGUGAGUCAGCCUGCAGAUCUGGGCCUUGUGAAGUUGAGUUGGGAACUGAAGCCCAGAGGAGGAGGUUGGCAGCUGAAGCAGAGAGGGCUGAGGGGGAUGAGAAGAGGAAGGUCUGCCACAUGGGCAUGCUAGCCAGAGAUGAGGUGGAAGAGGAGCUUGUACAGAAGACUGAGAAGAGGACUGGGUAUGUGGGUGCUGUGUGUGACCCUGUGAGUGUGUGCAUACAAGUGUGUACACACGUGGUCACUACCAUCAGGGUGGGCAGCCCUGGGGCCUGCGAGUGAGCUCACUGGGCCUCACAGCUCUCCUCUUCUUCUCUAGCUCUUCCUGCUCAGGACCCCGAGUGGCUGCAGGGGAGAGAGUGGAUAAAGAAGGUGUGGUUCCCGGGGUGCCAUCCACCUGUGUACAGAUGUGACCGUGCUCUUCACCCCUGAAGAAUGGAGGUUUCUAGACUCUGCACAGAGAAGCCUGUACAGAGAUGAUGCUGGAGAACUACAGGAACCUGGCCUUAGUGGAACCUCAGCUUCAACCCCAAGAGUCCAUUGUUAACCAAGGUAUUUUUGCAGAGAUCCCAUCCAUUGGUCUGAGAAAGGAGCAGCCUCCACCUGGGGAAAAACUCUACACAUAUAAUAAUGAACUUGGGAAACACUUCAACAGCAUUAAACAAAUUUUUCAGUAUGAGAGAAUUCAUGCUGGAGGUGACCCCUACAAGUGCCAUGAAGGUGGGAAAACCUUCCAAACUACUCGCCUAAUAGUGGGUGAGAAGAUCCAUAGUGGAGAUAAAACCUAUGCAUGUAACAGAUGUGAAAAAUCCUUCAGAUACAGCUCCGACCUUAUCAGGCACGAGAAGACCCACACCUCAGAGAAGUGCUUUGAAUGUGAGGAGUGUAGGCACGCCUUCAAGUACUCCUCAAAUCUGAGGCGCCACAUGAGGACUCACACUAGAGAGAAAUCCUUUGAGUGCAGUCAGUGUGGGAAAACCUUCAUGAGGAACUUCAGCCUGAUAUUGCACCAGAGGAGCCACAUAGGUGAGAAGCCCUAUGAAUGUAAGGACUGUGGGAGAGCUUUUAACCAGCCAUGCUCUCUGAGGAGCCACAUGUGGACUCACACUGGAGAGAAGCCCUUUGAGUGCAGUCAGUGCAGCAAAGCCUUCAGGGAGCAUUCGUCUCUGAAGACUCAUUUGUGGACUCACACCAGAGAGAAACCAUACGAGUGCAGCCAGUGUGGGAAGCCCUUUCGGACAAGCACCCAUCUGAACGUUCACAAGAGGAUCCACACGGGGGAGAAACUUAAACUUUAUGAGUGUACCACUUGUGGUCAGGUGUUGAGUCGUCUCUCCACCCUCAAGAGUCACAUGCGAACCCACACUGGAGAGAAGCCCUAUGUGUGCCAGGAAUGCGGGCGAGCCUUUGGUGAGCCCUCAUCCCCCAGGAAACAUGCAAGAACCCACACUGGCAAGAAGCCCUAUGCAUGUCAGGUAUGUGUGCAGGCCUUUGUCCAGUCUUCACACCUUAUGGUGCACGUGAGAACCCACACUGCAGGGAGACCCUAUGAAUGUAAUCAGUGCGAGAAGGCCUUCAGGCACAGCUCUUCACUUACUGUGCAUAAGAGGACCCAUGCCAGGAGAGAAAACAUCAGGAAUGGUGGCCUGCCUUUAUCAGCGUCUCAUACAUUUGGUGGGCCCCUUGCUAAUUAACUUGCAGUUUGUAAAAAGAGAAACAUUUGGGCCUGUGAUCAUUUCUCACAGUACUUGUUUAGCUACUACAUCACUUGUUUUGGUGUCUAAUUUCAUUUUUGUUGGAUUCUAAAUAUUGUUUUAGUUACCAUUAUGAUGAAAUCUUUGACUCUUAUUUGGAAUUUGAUUUUAAAAUAACUGUACAUAGUUAUAUUUUUGUAGAGGUAUAAUUACUUAUAGUGGAAUACAUAAACCUCGUGAGUUGGAUGGGUUUGACAGAUGUAUAUAUACAUGUAACCAACACCCAUUGAAUAUAUAGAUCAUCUCUGUCAUUCUGGAAAGUUCCUGCAUAUAUCUGAGAGUUUUACAGUUGCCUUUUUGUAGCUGCUUAUAAUUUACUUGCAUUGUAAGCAGAGUAUGUGGUCUUUGUGUUGUUGAAUCUUAGGUAUUUGUUGAGAUUUGCUUUUUGGUCUAGUGUGGUGCAUGCCAGUAGUUGCUAACCCAAAAUGCCUCUUUUCCUUACAAUAUAACUUAGGUGUUUUUUUUUUUGUUCAGAUUAGUAAUGUGCUCUAUGAAAAAACCUCCAUGGCCCAACCCUUCUGCAGUCAGAGAAGGCCACUCCUCACAGUGCUGGUCAGCAUGAGAAGUUGCUGUGUGUGACUCCUCGGAAGGAAGUGGAAAAGGAGUGGUGUCAUUCAGCCAGAUGCCUCCACUUGCAUUUUGUACAAUCAGAUACACAAUGUACAGUGCUAGAAGAGCCAUUCUGUGACCACUAGGAUAAAAGAUAUCAGCUAAAGAGAGUGUGGCCAGAGGUCACAAUCAUUCUAGUUUCUCAGUUGGUGUCUUUAUGUGUCUGCACCAGCCCUGGGCUGUUUAUUUCUGGACAUGUUAGAUGAAAAGGAUGCACUUCUUGCUGGUAUGUGACAUGGGAACUUUUGAGAAAGGAGGUGGACUGGGAAAGGCAGGGAAGGGUUUCUUAUAGUUGGAUACAGUUUCUAUCUGAUGCACUUAGUGCAUGGUCAGUUUUUGUAAGUGCUUCAUGGUUGGUUGAAAUCAAUGUAUUGUAUCGACAUGUCUACUAAAUUGAGCAUAUUAGUUGUAUUUCAAAAUCUUUGGCACAUUUAUAAAUAUUGGUCUCUGUCUUAUCUCAGGCUGCCAUAAUAAAAAUACCAUAGAUUGGGUGCCUUAUGAAAAACAGGAAUUUAUUUCUCAUAGUUCUGGAGCCUGAAAGUCCAAGAUUGAGGUGCUGGCAGAUUUAGUGUCUGGUGAGGACCUGCUUCCUGCUCACAGUUGACCAACUUCUCUCUGUGUUCUCACAUAACAGGAGUGAGGGCAUUCUCUGGGAUGCCUUUUAUAAGGGCACCAGUCCUCAGCCAUCAGGGUUCCACCCCCAUAACCUUAUCACCUCCCAAAGGCCCUACCUCUAGAUGUCAUCACAUUGUGGAUGGCUUCAGCCUAUGAACUUGGGGACAUCAACAUCAGUCCAUAGGAGUCUCUGAUCUGUUGUUCACUGAAGGAGCUACAGUCCACUCUCCCACCAUGAUUGCGGGUUUCUGAAUCAGUCUUGUAAUUCUGUCAUUUUAAAUUUAUGUAUUUUGAAGCUAUGAGAUUAAAUAAACUGAUAGUUUAAAAAUUGUAUUUAUUUUUUAGAGAGAAGGGAAGGGAGGGAGAGAGAAAUAUUGAUGCACAAGAGAAACAUUGAUUGGUUGGCUAGGCAUUUGUCCUGAUCAGGAAUUUAUCUGGUGACUUUUCGGUUUGCAGGACAAUGUCCAACCCACUGAACCAAACCAGGCAGGGCUGAUUUUUGAUAUUUUAUAAGUUCUGCAAAUUGCUUCUUACAAAAUGACCAUCUUUCUCUCUAGCAAUGAAUAUUCAACUACUCAUCAACAUACUAGCAAAUAAUUAUUUAGACCUUAAUAUUAAUUGAUAGUAUUUCCUGAAACUUUGUAUCUUUUAAGUUAUUUAGUCCCCACAGUGAUACCAAGGGAAGGACUUUCAUUAUCUUCAGUUCACAGAGGAGGAAACUGAGGCCUAGCAGAUGAAGUGAAAGAACCAAGGUUAUGCAGGUGGUAAGUGACAGAGUCUGGAUCCACAUGGUCUCCACAGUGCUUUAUCCAAGGGAGCUAUUCUUCAUUUUCAUCUGUUGUCAUAGAGUUCUGUUUCUGUGUUUUAACUGAGGUAUAACUUAUGUUACAGUUCAUAAAUUUUAGUGCCCACCUUGAUGAAUUGUACAUAUGUCUGUACCACCCACAUCAAGAUGUAAAAUAUUUUCUCUCCCAGUCUGUGAGCCCCAUCCCCAGAGGUAACCCAUGUUCUGACUUCCAUCACCAUAGAUUUGUUUUCCUGCUCACAGAAAUAAAACCUCAAGUAUGCCCUCUCAUGUGUUUUAUUCACUCAAUGUCCAUGAAACUUAACUUUGUCACUUUAUAAGUACUUUAUUCUUUCUAAAAAUUGCUGUGUAAUAUUCUGUCAUGUGAAUAUACCAGAACUUUGAAGUUCUAGUCUUUAUGGAUGUUGGAUUCUUCCCAGGUUUUGCUGUUAUCAGUGACGCUGCUGUGAGUGUUCCUGUGGGAGUCUCACUGUGGUCACAUUCUCAUUUGUCUUGGGUAGAAACCCGGGAUGGCACUGCUGGGUCACUGGGUAGGCAUAUCUUUAGGUCGAGUAGAUAUUGCCGAACAGUUUUCCAAAAAUGGUUGAAGCAACUUAUACUUCCCUCGUCAUGAAUGAAAGCUUUAUUUGCUGUGCAUCCUUGACAGCACAUGCUCUUCUCAGUCCAUGUGAUUUUAGCUGUAUUAGUGAGUAAGUGGCUUCCUGUAUUCUAAUUCACAAUUUAUGGGGGCAGGUGAAUAGUGAUGUGGUAGAUGGUUGCCACAAUUCCUUCCAUCCCUCCUUGAAAAUCUUUCUUCAGUGUGACUCUUGUGUUCCUAUCAGGAGAUGGAGUGUAUUUCUGUAGUCCUUGAAGGGAAGUUUCAUGACAUGAUUUGUUUGGCCAAUGGAACAUUAUGAAACAUGAGGGAAGGAGAGGCUUGAAAAACACACAUUGGGGUUUGCCCUCUUUUCUUGAGAGCAAAGUGUGAAGAAGCCUGGGUUGGCCUCUCACAUGGAGAGGGGUAUUUUUCUGGUGGUCAGUACCAGCCAGCAGACGUGCGAGUGAUGCCAUCUUUGAUCAUCUGUCCCAGGGAAGCCACCAGGUGACUGAAGUUGCAUGAGCGAUCCUAGGUGAGGCUGUCAGAACUGCCCUCCUGAGCUCAGCUGAAAUUGCUGACUCACAGGAUUAUGAGUACAUGAGGUGGGCAGGUAGGGAUAGAGAACUGAUAGAAGUUAGUGUCAGAAAGAGGAGGCUGCUGCAACAAAACUGAAAUGGUGGCAUUGACUUUAGAAUUUGGCAGCAAGAAAGCAGCUGAAAAAGAGUGAAGAAACUUAAUGUCUGGAAACACAGUGAACAAACUGGUUCUCAAUGUUAGGGAAAGGCUUCAGUGGUAUGGAAACCACUGGCAAAAAUAACUGCAGUAACUUGGAAAAUAGAACAUGUACCUAAUGAACUUGUGGAUAUGUCUGAGAGGGAGGCUUUCUCCCGCCUCUGGCCCUGUGCUCAGUCUUCCUCAUGGCUGAUCAUGGUGGCCCAAGAAGAGCCUGUGAGCGGGUGAGAACUCACACCAGCCUGCACUUGGCCUUUAGCAAUUGGUUAGGAAUUUUAGCAGAAAUCUUACCCUCUUGUCUGGUGGCACUGUCUUCAUCCUGUGCUACAGGUGAGUCAGCAUUCUGUCCACCUCUCUUCCCCUAGGUGUCAGGCUAGUCAGUUGCUUGUGGCUUGAGCUUUCUGCUGGUGCCAAGAAAGUUAUGUUUUUAUGAAUUACUCAGCCUUGUCUUUUUGAUGUGGUGGCAGCAAUAUCCACAACAUUUCUAAAUCCAAAAUGGAAGUCAGAGACAGGGUUCUUCCUAUAUUCCACUGUUUUUAGAAUUAUUUAUUGGACUUGAUCAUUUUUCUGUAAGUUCCCUGAGGUCAGAGACCGCAUGAACUUUGUUCAGUGUGACUUUCUUUAAGCCUAGCCUGUGCUGGAUAGACAAUAAGCUUUUAAUAUGCUUGCUAGGUCUAUGUGAAUUUGUAUGUGGGCAAUGCUCCCAGGUGAAAUAUGUGUGGUGUCUAAGCCCAGAAGGCUGAAGACUUCUGUGGGCUGCUUCCUCUGACUCUCAUGGCGAAAGCCUCUAUCUCUGAAAUCCACCACCCCAGCAGCCUCUACUCAGAGUGGAGAGAACAUAGUGCCUGGCAUUCACAGGAGAUUUAAUACUAGGUGGUUCUUAGGCAUCUGGGUUAGCCUGAGGCUGUACUCUUAGACUGUGUGAUGGGAGAAAGGGAGUGUGUGUGAGGAUCAAAGAUCAUCUUAAAAGACUGUUCCACCUGUCAGACCUUAAAAGGGCACUUUGCCCCAAGAGGGGUACCUCUACAAUCUGAACUAGAAAGUAGGGAAGCAUACUGGAAAGGCAGGCACCAGGCAGUAGUCAAUGUAAGCAGGGUUUUAUAUAAUGUUUGCAGCCCUCAUUGUGCUAUUAUGUUUAUUCCUUUUUAUUUUUGCAAUGAAAGUAUAAAACUUUGCUGAUCAGAAAAGCUAGUGGUUGAUUCAUGUUACUAGAUUUGAUGAUAGUCUACUGAAGUACAUGGUAGCUAAGAGGAAAUACCACCAGUAGAGUAUAUUUUCAGUUACUUUUUAAAAAUCAAAAUGUUUACGUCUGCUCAAAUAUGUUCUUACAUAGUCUUUUUGCCUCCAUUCACAGUAUCUUUCUCUGAAAAGUAUUUUAGUUAAGGUUCUUCAGUCAGGAAAAAAACCAUCCUCAUUUCUCAUGAAGACUGAGAUGUUGGUGCUGCUUCCCUAUUUGGAUGGCAGAGGGGAGUGGAGGUGAGAGACUGUAGGCAGCAAGUGCGUUCAUCACAGGGAUUUCGCACCAGCUCUGUGCAGUGCCAGGUGAGGGGAACAGCCCUGGAUUUGGGUACUGUGUUUCCCACAGUAGGAUCCCUCAGGAAGGGACCAUGCCUUUCACUGGAAGAUUGGUGGGCUGAGGGUCAGUCUGCCCAGGCUUUGCCUCUUGGUCCCUCAGAGUCCUUUGGUCACCUGACCUCUUCAAAUUUACAUUGUUUUGUCCGUCCACCCUUUGGCUCCUAUUGCCCUGAUUCCCCAAAUCAACUAGCUGCUGGACUACAGGCUGACCUUCAGGGAUGCUGAGACUCCAGGAAUCCCAACCCAAGUCUAGUCAAGUCCUGCCCAAUGGACUCCUGAAUGCCCAGGUUGACAGAUUCCCAUGUAGGGAGAACCCCAGCCUUUGCCAAUGUUCUAGCCAUCCUUAAGUCUCAGGAACCUGGACCUGUGAACUUCUGGUUCUGGGUGCAGGCUGCAGGACUUUUGGCUUGGGGACUCUGGAGAUAUCUGACUUCUGGUUUUGAGACUCCAGCAAUGGUGUGAUUCCUCAGAAGGGUGCAAGUUGAGGCUGUGAUUCUCCCACAUCAGCCCCAUGACAGCCAUGUCCCAUGAAUGUGGGGUGUGAAUGAUGAUGCUCUCAGGAUCACCCCAAUGUUGGCAGCUUGAAGGAAAUUGCCCUUUCUUCUUUGGUAUCUGGCUGCCUGCUUUAUUUUUCUGUGAGAAUGAGUUUGCCCAAGGAGUUUCAAAUUGCAGAGGUGGAUGUGGAGAUGAAGUAGAGACUUGGCUCCCAAUACAGAGCAGUCUGGGGCUUGUGCUGACCUCCAACUUACUCCCUCCCAGACACACAAUUCUCCCAGGUGCUGGACUACAAAACAUUCUUCCCCUAAGAUUCUUUUGUGGAUGUCUAAUGCUCCCAUGAUAAUAUUCACAUUUCCUAGCCUGGCUGUGAAGAAUCAUAGUCAUGUGAUCCCAGUUACUUAUCUGGAAGGAAACACACCUCUGAGAUGGUCCUUCCUUUUAUCCUUCAGCCCACAGUGCUUAUUGGCUAUUUGAUCCUCAGGUUUCAUCUUACAAAUAAUGCCAUAAAGUUUGUAGUUGAUGACCAUCUCUGUGUGUAGAGGGGCACAGAGAUAGGUACCUACCCAAGUUGCUUUCUUUUUCAUUUCCUUUUUUUUUCUUUGCAUCCACUCUGGUUAUACUAAUUAAACAAUAGAGAAAGAGCAGAGGCUUUGUCAGUAAAGAGCCAAGGAUCUGAUUCCUGACCCUGCCAGUGACUAGUUUUUUGAUAUCAGACAAGUUUUCCUAUUGAAUGGCCAGUAGACUGAUGCUCAUCUUACAAAGAAGGAAUGCUUUAGUGAGCUAGUUGUGAAGCUUCCUUUUGGGGGAGACAGCUACAUGCUUUUCUCCCUUAUCAAUAGGAAAUGUAAGCUACCACCAAAUAGGCUGGCUAUCCAGUCACUGGUAAUGCCAAGAA